GGUUUCAAUUUGGAUUAAACUUGUCAUCUUCUUCGCACCUGGAUUCAACAAAAUGAAAACCAACACAGUUAAUAUUCACAAAAGAGUUAAAUCGUUGAAAUCAAUUCUUCAACAAUCAAUCUUUUCAUAGAAACCAUUUCGCUCGCAUUGCAAAGGCAGAUCUCGAUACAGUAACACUCAUGCGUUCCAUUAAUUUUCUUUCAAGCAUCACUGGAAAUCAGAGUUUCAAGAUCAGAUCUCCGCGAUUCCCACCACUCCUAGCGUUGCUUCUGUGAAAAAUAAGCACAACUCGUUUGAACAGAGGCUGUAAUCAAUGGAAAAUGAUGUUCACCGGUCCGUUUCUUCACGGGCUGCCCGAAGAAAUCAGCACCAGCAGACGAAAGAUCCUGAAGAAGGGGGGUUGUACGGUGGGAAAUUAUCGCAAGAGUAUUCGAUGAAGAUUUUAUGGAGAAGGGGUUUCAUUCGGUUGAUUCUUACCGGAGGGAUUAUUUGGAUGCUGUUGAUUCUCACCGUUUUGUUGUUUCAUAUUUGGUCUUGCCAAUCUUCUCUUGCAUUUUUUGCAGCUCUUUGUAAUAAAGAUAGCAAAGUAUAUGGUAUGUUAAACACAAUGGGACUCGUGGCACCACCACAUCGUUGUGCUAUCCCUGUUGCUGAUGACCCAAACAGUGUUGUCAUUCCAGAGAAAAGAACACCUGAUAAAGUGGUCCAAAGGUUGUCCUACAUUAUGGAAGAUAAGAUUGCAACCAACGGAAAUCAAUCUUCUCCUCUUUUUGGGGGACAUCAAACUUGGAAGGAAAGAGACGAAAGCUUUAAAAUCAAGCCGGACAUGAAGGUGCAUUGUGGAUUUAUUCAAGGUGGAGGAGAAGAUAUGGCUCAAAAAGACAUCGAAUAUGUGAAGAAAUGUAGAUUCGUUCUUGCUACAGGCAUUUUCGACGCGUACGACACCCCUCACCAGCCAUCCAAUAUCAGUAAGCGGUCUGAAAGUCUAUUUUGUUUCCUAAUGGUGGUUGAUGAAGUUUCUCUUCAAUUCAUCAAAGACAAUGUUACUGUAAGAGAGGAUAAUGACGGAGGGCAAUGGGUGGGUAUCUGGCGUUUGAUUCCACUUAAGCACCAGCCUUAUGACGAACCUCGAAGAAACGGGAAAGUUCCAAAGAUAUUAACCCAUAGAUUAUUUCCUCAAGCCGAGUACAGCAUUUGGAUUGAUGGUAAAAUGGAGCUUACAGUUGAUCCAUUGCUUCUUUUGGAGAGAUAUCUAUGGAGGGGAAAAAACACGUUUGCAAUUGCUCAGCAUAAACAUCACCGUAAUGUAUACGAAGAGGCUGAUUCCAACAAACGGAGAAAGAGAUACGCUCGCCCUCUAAUUGAUCUACAGAUGAAAAUAUAUCGUUAUGAAGGAAUGCAGCCAUGGGAUGAGCAUAAAAACACAUUGAGUGAUGUGCCUGAAGGAGCAAUCAUUAUACGAGAGCAUACUGCACUGAAUAAUCUGUUUAGUUGCUUGUGGUUCAACGAGGUUCAUCUAUUUACGCCAAGAGAUCAGCUAAGCUUUGGAUAUGUCGUCUAUAGACUAAGGGGUGCGUUUAAUUUUUUUAUGUUUCCGAAUUGCGAGUACAAUUCGAUAUUCGUAUUGCACCCGCAUAAUCGAGAGCAUUCUUCUAAAGUAGAAUGGGCGAAAACUAUUAGUGAGUUAAAGAAGCACCCUGAGUUGAUAGAGAGCAAGGGUGGAUUAGGGCUGUGGACGCCUUAUCCUGGAAAUCUUGAUUUGGUUGUAUUGCCACCGGUAGCUAGAACUUCGAAAGCAGGAUGAUUAAGUGAAUAUUGUUAUUUGUAAUUUUCGUGACGCUCUCCCACUAAUCAUCUCGCUAAUCUCUAUUUUAUUUGAUGGUGAAUAGGAAUAUCGUGUUUUAGCAUAAACGAUAGUUGCGUAUAUAGACCGUAUAGAUGAUUGAAUUCAUACAUA